CUGGCUUUUCCUUCAAUACCAGGAAAACCUUGCCGAUGAUAAUAAACAAAACGUCAGAAAUCCAAAUCCUUUCGAAAUUCCGCCAUGACCAUCUCCAACCUCUUCUCCCCAUCGACGCCCUCCAAGCCCUUCCUGCUCCUCCCUCCCUCCCCCUCCCUCGCCUCUCCUCCUCUCGGCCGCCCGCCGCUCGUGUCCGCGCGGCCGCGGCUGCCCGUCGCCGCCCGGUCCAAGAACGGCGGCGAAUCCGUCGACGCGCCCGACCGGCUGAUCUCGGCCGUCUGCUACUUCUACCCCUUCUUCGACGGCGUCCAGUACGGCAAGUACGUCAUCAACCAGUUCGCCCCGAUUCAGGCCCUCGUCCAGCCCCUCGUCCCGGCCAUCAAGGUGUUCAAAGGGUUCCCUCUCAACGGGUUCCUGGUGUUCCUGACGCUCUACUUCGUGGUGGUGCGGAACCCCAACUUCAGCCGCUACGUCCGGUUCAACACCAUGCAGGCCAUCGUGCUCGACGUGUUGCUGAUUUUCCCCGAUUUGCUCGAGCGGAGCUUCAACCCCCGGGAUGGGUUGGGGUUGGACUUGGUGAUGAGUUUGGACAGCACCGUGUUCUUGUUCCUCCUCGUGUGCUUGAUUUAUGGGUCGUCCUCUUGCUUGCUGGGCCAGAUUCCAAGAUUGCCCAUUGUCGCCGAAGCUGCCGAGAGGCAAGUUCUUUGAAGAUUUGGUCGAUUAAUCAUCGAUGUUUAUUUUGCGUCCAAUUGUAAUUUGCCGAUACAAUUUUUGAUAAUGUCAUGUGUUAGUUUACUGAAUUAUAUGUUCCAGAUAGGAAGAAGAUUAUACAACUCAAUUUACUGAUUGCUUGUUUGAUAUGAUGUAGUUAGCGCAAUUCAAUCCCGGGUGGCUUAUUUUUGACUCGUUCUCAUA